GUCAGAAACUCGCCAAGGCUGAGAACUUUCUGCUGUUUCACAUUUUCAUUUCAGCUAUUAUUAGUUCUCGGUAACAUGUGGAAAGCUGUCGUGUUAGUCGUGUUUCUGUUUGUGGCUGGAGUUCAACCCAUAGAAGACCCAUCGUACGGGGUGAAGCUCUGUGGUCGUGAGUUCAUCCGGGCAGUCAUCUUCACUUGUGGAGGUUCUCGAUGGAGACGCUCACUCAUGAGUGCAGAAGAUGUCUCGGAGGAUCCAUUCAGCUCCCGUCAGGAGGACUCCUCAGAGGCCUUCAGUCCCAACGCUGUGGUGGAGAGCGUCCUUCAGAGAAACAGAGAUCUGAGCUAUGCAACCAGAGACAGCCAUAAGGGCCUGUUCAGCAGGCCCACCCGUUCUUUUGUUACUGAAGAGAUCCUGGAGGCUCUGCGGAAAGCUGACCGUAAAGGCCGGGAUGUGGUUGUGGGUCUGUCCAAUGCCUGUUGCAAGUGGGGCUGCAGCAAGAGUGAAAUCAGCUCUCUGUGCUGA